AUGCAGGACUUUAUUUGUCGCGAUAUUGAUGACGAUUAUUUGGCACAAAAAGUAUCGUGCGAAUGCAACCACGAGGACCUCGUGUUCACUCAUUAUCGUCAUAAGACGAACGAAGUAAUACUUGUCGCAUUACCACGUGUCCUCAGUUGCGGAAAGCGUCCAAUGCGCGAACGUCACAUUCUCCGUGUGUCGUUUUUCAAUCCACCCAAGGAAACACAUUUAGUCGAUGUUCAUGCAAACAAUAGUAUUGCUAAUCAAUUAUGCACUCACUUUCAAGCUUAUAACAUUUACAAAUUUCUCCGCAAAGCAAUCAUGGAUGAGUAUGAGAGAAAUACACAACAAUUAAUUGAGUCAAAUAAGCGCUACUAUGAUUCCCCUGAAGAGUGUGAAUGGCUAAAGCAACGACUGUUCGUAAAUCCAUCCGAUUCGAUUCUAGGCAUGUACUCAAAACGAAACGUAUUAGUCAUUAUCAACCCACAUGGAGGCAAUACUCGAGCGCUCAGCAUCUGGGAGCAAUCGAUCAAACCAUUUUUCAUUCUGGUAAAUAUGCGAUACCACUUCCAGACUACAAACUAUGCGGGGCACGCGGAAGAUUUGGGAGUGAACUUUGACUACGAAACCUAUGAUUCGGUAUUAUUCAUCAGUGGAGAUGGUACUGUGAAUGAGUUUCUCAACGGAGUAUUAUCCAGAAACGAUGCCCGGAAGAUUCUGUUCGCCUGCACCUUUGCUCUAAUCUCGGCUGGCAGUCAAAACUCACUUGCUCGAGGAAUGGGUACAGACAGCUAUCUCACUGCAUUGUACUGUCUGGCAAAGCGAAAAACGCGCCUCUACGACAGUAUCUGCGUCGAAAACGGAUCCAAAGUCUGCCGCUAUUCCUUCGCAGGUUGCGGCUGGGGAAUCAUUUCAGACAUGGUGAAAGACUACGAGAAAUACCGCUAUUUACGGCAAUAUCGGUACUGGCUGCUCAAAGGAAUCCACGGCUGUCUGUGUCUUCGUCGACAUUACUCCGUGUACCGAUAUGUACCCAGCGAGAACCAAGCGCGUCGUUGCUGUCGUCACAAUGCGACGAGUGCAUCGAAAACGCAAAUAACUACAAAGGAACACUGUCGAUUUCGAUUUCAUUCUUGA